CAAAUAAUUUGAGGUGUAUGUUUCAUGAUAAGAUAUGUAGGUUCUAAGAGAUUUUUACGAGGACACCUUAAUCAAAUAUUAAAAAUGGAGUUUGUGAACGCUAACUUCCCUGAUUCCCUCUCUGCACUCGACACCCACUUGUCUGUCAGGAGUUACAUUACGGAUUAUAAAAACAACUCUCAUGACUUACAGGUUUUGAAGAAAGUGUCUCAGUGCAACACAUCAGAAUUCCCCCACAUUACAAGAUGGGCUCGUCACGUGUCAUCAGUCUCCGGAACUCCAGGGGCUAUGUCACCAGCACCGGCACCGACCCAACCUCGUACUCCUGAACAGAUGCUAGCUAAGAAGCAGCUCAUCUGUCGCAACCUACAGGAAACAGUUGGGGAGGAUCGACUGGAAACAAUACUGAAAGAAAGAGAUGUUAAGAUCUACUGGGGAACAGCGACAACUGGCAAACCUCACAUCGCUUACUUUGUACCCAUGAUAAAGCUUGCUGACUUUCUAAAGGCUGGAUCCGAGGUGACAGUUUUGUUCGCAGACCUGCACGGCUACCUUGACAACAUGAAGGCACCCUGGGAACUCCUUCAACUCAGAGCCAAAUACUACGAAGCUGUUAUUAAGGCGAUGUUGAAGUCUCUAGACGUUCCACUAGAAAAGUUGAAGUUUGUGACUGGUACAGAUUUCCAGUUGAGCCGAGAGUACACGCUGGAUGUUUACCGACUCUCCUCCGUGGUGACUGAUCACGACGCGCGCAAGGCCGGCGCUGAGGUGGUAAAACAAGUGGCGCACCCUCUCCUCAGCGGACUUCUAUAUCCUGGAUUACAGGCACUGGAUGAAGAAUACCUAGGAGUGGACGCUCAAUUCGGAGGAGUGGACCAGAGGAAGAUCUUCAUGUUCGCUGAGAAGUACCUACCUCUGCUGGGGUAUAAGAAGAGGAUUCACUUCAUGAACGCUAUGAUCCCCGGACUUACCGGUGACAAAAUGAGCAGCAGCGAACCUGAUAGUAAAAUCGAUCUGAUAGAUCCACCGUCGGCCGUGAAGAAGAAGAUAAACAAAGCGUUCUGUGAACCCGGAAAUGUGACCAACAACGGUCUUCUCAGUUUCUCUGAAUACGUUAUCUUCCCUUAUCUCGGCGAGAAAGAGUUUGAGAUAAAAAGAAAACCAGAGCAUGGUGGGGACGCAUCCUAUGCAAACUUUGAGUUGCUGAAAGAAGCUUACAGAACUGAGGCCAUAUACCCUCUCGAUCUGAAGAACGCUGUCGGGGGAUAUAUCAACCAGUUGCUAGCACCAAUAGUAAAAGAGUUCCAAAGUAAAGAACUGAAGAAGCUCUCCUCGCAAGCGUACCCCAUCGCUAACACUAAGGGAGGAAAGGCUGCUGAGCCAGAUCGACCUGUGGAUAUCUCCAGAGUAGACAUCAGAGUCGGCAAAAUCGUCCAUAUUGAACCACACCCAGACGCAGACUCACUUUACGUAGAGAAAAUAGACGUGGGGGAGGCAGAGCCGAGAACCGUCAUCAGUGGUUUAAGGAACUUUGUGGCGCAGGAUAAGCUAGAUGGGGCACUUGUGGCGGUGGUUUGUAAUCUCAAACCUGCUAACAUGAGAGGAAUUAAGAGUCAAGGAAUGUUACUGUGUGCAUCAGACAAGGACCACACGACAGUAGAAGUGCUGACAGUAGCUGAGGGCAGCAAGCCAGGAGACAGAAUCACCAGUGACUUGUUCACCCAGGCUCCGGACACGCAACUCAAUCCUAAGAAGAAGAUCUUCGAGAAAGUUCAAUCUGAUCUUACGACGAACGAUUCUUUGGAGGUUACUUAUAAGGGGGAAUUGUUAAGAACUUCUGCGGGUCCCAUUUUAGCUCCGUCGCUUGUGAAGGCUGCGAUUAGAUAAUUUAUUUGAAAAGUUUUAGUUGGUGGUGAAAAAAAAUAUUUCAUUUGUUCAUGGCUAAGUUUAGCUACCUUGUAAACUUGUUGUUAGGUCUCUAUAAAAUAUAUCUUCAUCUCUAGAUCAAGCUAGUUAGAUGAAUAAGAGGUGCGUCCAAUGUUCAUAAAGUGGUGUUUUUAUGGGAGUUGUUAAGCUUCUGUUGGUCAUCAAAAUGAGUGCAGUAAUUGUGACACGUAAGAGCGCAAAUAUAUGAGAUGCUGGGCCUACAUAUUCAUAAACAUUAACAAUUAACAAUAAAGUAAGUAAUUACUCUACGGCAGAAUUUCAUAAGACUUUUAAAACUGCUCUGUCCCACACUGUCAUUGACACAUGAAUGCACUGAUUCUGACUAUUCCAAUGAUGAAAAUGUAUUGAGCAUUACUUACUUCUCAUAAGAACUAGAAGCCAAAAUAUUAAAAUUCACGGAGCUUUGAAAAAUGUUGCGAUAUUUUUUAACAUUGAUAUGACAACUUUCACCAAUUUUUGAUUUGAUUCAAAAUCUGAAAUCAUUCGUCUAAAGAAAACUGCGAACAGGUGAUAUACCCAUCUAAUCGUGCAUCGGAAAUAACGCAGGAUCGAGGAGGCGUAUUAUAUUAUACUAAUUGAAGCAAAGAAAAUAAAACAACCAUAUUAGCAACAAGAGAAACGCCAUUGUCGGACUUGAGGAGAGUGAGGACUCCUCAAACUACAUUAAAUUAAUUCCUUCUGUAACGUCCUGAAUAAAUAUACCUUACUCGGGAUUAUUACGACGGAUUUAUUAACGACCGGUUAAAAUAUGGUUCGGGAAAAAUAUGGCGAAAUUGCUCAAAACCCACCACAUUUUCCCGGUCGCCAUUUUACCGGUGUCCAACCUUUCAAAAUUUUAGAUUCAAAAAUUUUGUCUCAGAUGUAAAUUUCCUUAUUAGAGAUAAGCAAGUUUAGAAAUUUUCGCAUUGCUAAAACUUGUGAAACAAGUCGAAUUAUCAAUAAUUGUUGAAAGUAGACAGAAAUAAUGACUCGUGGUUAAUAAAACUAGAUGGAAAAUAAUUUUUAACAUUUGAAGCGUAAAAACCAGAUCGAUAUUAAGAUAGAGGGAGAGCUGUUUAGUCUUCCAAUAAGUUGUAAUCAUCUUCGUUAUCUUCAUCUGGAUCAUCCCUUUCAUCAGUUUUAAUUAAUUCAAGUUUUAAUUUAACUGUUACUUUUACUUUGAGUCCUAUUUCAUUAUGUAGAGAUAGUCAAUACCUAAGAAAUUAAAAAUUGGCCUAUUUAAAUCAAAUUUGACAAUAAGGAUAUAUGACAAGAAUUGGGCAAAAAGGUGCAUUUUUUGCAAUUUUAGCCAAAUGAAGUCGAAAAACCUACAACAAGUGUCCCAAUAGUCUUCUUUAGUGAAUAUAAGACAACGAUUAAAAUAUGAGCACCCAUACCCCUUGGGAACCCUAAAAGCUGAGUAGGCGGGUUAAUUAACGACCGGUGAAAAUGUGGUUCGGGAAAAAUAUGGCGAAAUUACCCUAAACCCACCACUUUAUCCCGGUCAUAAUAAUCCCGAGUAAGGUAGUUACGAAAACAAUAUUUACUAAACAUUGCUGAACAAGUAUAUGGACCUGCGUGCGCGGCUCCAAUUGCGCGGCAUGUGCGUGGUGGAAUUGUUACAGACGAUACGAAACAGUUUACUUUCAUCACAAAUUUGGACGUAAAUCUAGUGAUGUGAGUUUUAUUAAGUGAAAUUUUAUUGAAAUUUGUUAUCCCCUUGGAGAUGGGCAGUAAUUAAAGUUUUCUGAACAGAAUUAAACCAAGCAAAACAACACUCUAUAUCUGUACAAUAAUAAUAAUCAUAACUGUAUAUUUACAAUAGCUUAAUAAACUACAUUCGAAACUAAAUUUAAAACUUUGCCAACUACCUAAUUCUUUUAAAAUAACAUACUGUUUCCACUUACCAUCAAAAAUAAUUCUUAUAUCUAGCCUUGAAAAAUCUGUGCUAGAUAAUAAUUAUUAAGAUAUAAACUUUUUUGACUAUGUGCAUGUUGGUUAUCAUUAGAAAUUUAAAGUCUGUAAACUGUAGAGUGAUAUUUUUUCUCAAAAUAAUUGCUGUUGCCACGUGUUAAAAAUUACCGAUAUACCUCAACGAUAAUAACUUAUAUCAAUAAUUUAAAGCAGUUUCAAAAGGCACUUUUUGGCCUGGGAUAGUCGUGAAAAGUCGCGUUGUUCCUCGCCCAUCGGUCACUUGCUGCCAGAAAAUCGUCUGAAAUAUUGAUGGUCAAACAAUUUAAGAUAAAUUUCCAAAGUGCAGUCAUCAAACAGCGACAGCACUUCUUCAUCAUUUGAUGAUUGUCAAUAUUACUGAACAUCUUCAGUACCUUUAAGAAAUGAUUCAAGUAAGUAC